AUGGCAGCUCGAGACCUAGAUAGCCACAAUGCAGAACACCCGAGCAACAGCAAAUACGCCCUCCUCCACACACCCACCACCAAUCUUCCAUAUAUUGCUCUCACAACCCGCUCCCAGGAAGCCAUCUACCUUACAGAGCUAUACCCCACCGAUGCCCCGACCCACCAAGCAGCCCUCUCUAUCGAGUCCGUAAACAACGCCCUGAUCGGCCCGCCAAAGCCCUACACCCUCGCUGAUGCCGAGUGGUGGAUUGAGCAUGUGAGGAGUGGAAAGGCCGAAUUGUCACUUUCUUGUCUCAGGGUAGGCAGCCCCGAUGAGAAGGGAACUGGGAUUGGAGGUGUCGCGCUUGUGCCGCAUGAUGAGGAUGGCUUUACUUUCCUCCGAUCUGGAGAACCUAUGGGCGAGGGAAAUAGGGACUGUAAUAUUGGGUAUUGGUUGCACCCGGAGUUCCAAGGGCGGGGCAUCAUGAAGGAGGCUGUAAGGGCUCUGGUUAAUUGGGGCCGGAGGGAGUGUGGGGUUGGAGACGCUAUCUUGAAGGUGUUGGAGACGAAUUUGGCGAGCAGAAGAGUCGUGGAGGGAAUGAGCGAGUUUAUCAGGGUCGAGGGGGAGAAAGGGGUCGAGUGGGUGGAGUGGCCCGAGAAGAAGGGUGGCGGGGGUAAGAAGAAGCUGCUGGUCUGGAAGUGGAAGAAAUGA